AUGCACCGCCGAGUAGUCUGGAGGCUCUCGCGCCGCAUUGAUUUAUCGUCAUCCACCACCCUAUCCUCUCCGACUGUACCCCGUUCACGGACAUUUCGAUCCUCCACAGUCCGGUUAAGUUCUGAGAAUGGCACUGGAGAUGGGAAUGGCGAUGGUGCAGCCCCAAGUUCACCAUCACCAGCACCCAAGUUUGGAAACCGAUGGGGCGCCAGACAGGCCUCGAAGCCAACCGGCCUGAGCCCGGCAGAGCAGACGUUGCGCGAUGCCAUCAUGGCCAAGAGCAAACGACAAUCUGCUCCUCCAGAAAUCCCGAAUGGUCCAGAUCCCGAGAAAAGAAUACCCGGUACGCAGUUCUACGUCAAGAGCCAGAACAAGCAACCCUUCGUCCACUCUUCCAACCGGCCCGUCGACCACCAGCAGUUGCACAACAGAGUCGCCCGACAUUUGAGGCAGCCGGCCCGGACAGGAACCGGGCAGUAUCGGGGCAAUCGUGAAUGGACGUGUCACAGCUGCAACAAUCUUGUCUUUGCGAGGCACACUAUCUGUCCGUUCUGCCAGACAGCUCGACGGGAUCCUCCUAUGCCUCCCAGAGAUGGACAACAACGGACGAAACGGAACUGGGAUUGCCCCGGCUGCGGACAACAUGUGUUUGCGAGACGGGAUGAAUGCACCUCGUGUGGCACUCCGAGGCCGGACAUGCAACCAUCAGAGACACGUACGUUGAGAAGGGACCCGGGUCGAACUAGCAAGCUCCAGAAUCUCGGCCAGUCAAUCCUGGCCGAGGCCGGCGAGGACCAUCCUUCCUCUUUCAGGGGAUUACGAAAGACUGGUCAGCAAGAAGCACCAACCCGGAUAUCACAAAGUGAGGGUCGCGAGGCCCGUUGGCGAGACGAGACAAGGAAGGACCGGAAGGGAGAAGAUAAAACGGAGAAGGAGAAAGGACUCGACAAGAAGGAUCAAUGGUCCUGGGAUAUGUCCGCCUUGGAUCAGUUGGAAGCCAUUGAAACUCAACAGGCGCCUGUUGAGAUACAGAAAAAGCCCAAAAAACGCGACUGGCGUAAAGACCGCGGAACGUCAGAGGAAGGUGAUUUCGAUCCCGAGGACCGUCAACGUCGUCGGGAGGAUCGCAAGCGCCAGAAGAAGGCGAAGGAGGAAGUCACGGCUAUUCCUCUGCACCUUCCCGAGUUCAUCAGCGUCAGCAAUCUGGCAGAUGUCAUCGGCGUACGACAGGCUGAGUUUGUGGCCCGCAUGGAAGAAAUGGGCUUCGAGGACGUGACCUAUAACCACGUCCUGGACGCCGAGACCGCCGGUCUGGUGGCUGCAGAGUUCAACUAUGAAGCUAUCUUCGAUACUGGUGCUGAGGAUCUCGAGGCCGCCCCAGUGUCAGAGGAUACAUCUGACCUGCCCCCUCGGCCACCAGUCGUGACAAUCAUGGGUCACGUUGACCACGGUAAAACCACUAUUCUGGACUGGCUGCGCAAGUCAUCAGUGGCAGCCACUGAGCACGGCGGUAUCACUCAGCAUAUCGGCGCCUUCUCUGUGGCCAUGCCCUCUGGCAAGACGAUCACCUUCCUAGACACCCCCGGUCACUCAGCAUUCUUGGAGAUGCGCAAGCGUGGUGCCGAUGUGACUGAUAUCGUCGUUCUGGUCGUUGCUGCGGACGACAGUGUCAAACCACAGACCAUCGAGGCUAUCAAGCACGCUACGCAAGCCAACGUGCCUAUCAUCGUUGCGAUCAGUAAGAUCGACAAGGAAGGCCGCAAUCCCGAACGGGUGAAGCAAGAUCUCUCCGUCCACGGCGUUCAUGUGGAAGAUUACGGUGGUGAUGUCCAGGCCAUUGGCGUGAGCGGCAAGACGGGCGAGGGCAUGAUCGAGCUCGAGGAGGCUAUUGGAGUCCUCUCGGAGAUGCAGGACCACCGUGCUGAUACGACUUGCAACGCUGAGGGCUGGGUUAUUGAGGCGACUACCAAGAGCUAUGGUCGAGUGGCUUCUGCUCUCAUCCGUCGUGGCACCCUCCGCCCCGGCGAUGUUAUUGUUGCUGGUCAAACCUGGGCCCGCGUGCGUACGCUUCGUAACGAAGCUGGUCUGUCCAUCGAUGAAGCCACCCCCGGCAUGCCGGUUGAGAUUGACGGUUGGAGAGAUCAGCCCGUUGCUGGAUCGGAAAUUUUGCAGGCUCCAACCGAGCAGAAGGCCAAGGAUGUUGUGGCAUAUCGCCAGGACCGGGUAGAUACCCAAAAGCUGGGCGAGGAUAUGGUUGCCAUCAACGAGGCGCGACGAGAGCUCCUUGAGAAGCGCAGACAGGAGGAUCGAGACUCGGAGGAAAGCGCCAGCACCCCUGCCGAGGCGUCCGGUCCCAAGGCUGUCAACUUCAUCAUCAAGGCCGAUGUGGAUGGCUCCGCUGAGGCCGUUCUCAACUCAAUUGCCGCCGUUGGCAACAACGAAGUUUACGCGAACAUCUUGCGCUCUGGUGUUGGCCCUGUGACCGAGUUCGAUAUUGAACACGCGGCCAGCGCUAAAGGAAGAAUUAUCUCAUUCAACAUGCCUAUUGAACCCAACAUGGCUCGCCAAGCCGAACUAGAGUCUGUGAAGAUCAUGGAUCACAAUAUCAUUUACAAGCUCAUUGAUGACGUGAAAGACGUUCUGAGCGAGCAUCUUGCACCUACUGUGACUCAGCGUGUGACAGGUGAAGCCGAAGUCGGUCAAGUCUUCGAGAUCACCGUCAAGGGUCGCGACAAGACGUCGAUCGCUGGCUGUCGGGUGCGUAACGGUUUGAUCAACAAAACGAAGAAGGUCCGGGUGAUCCGCGGCAACGAGACCGUUUACGAUGGCACCAUGACCUCCCUGAAGAACGUCAAGAAGGACGUUACCGAAAUGCGCAAGGACACCGAGUGUGGUAUCGCCUUCGAAGGCUGGACCGACUUCGCCGUCGGCGAUCAUAUCCAGUGUUACGAGGAGAUCUUCGAGAAGCGCCACCUGUGA